AUGACUCCUAGGGAGCUCUCGGAUGUGGACUGCGACGGCCAGCUGACAUUGAGUGAAUUUAACGUAGCUAUGCACCUCGUCGUGCUUCGCCGUGUCAAUUUACCGAUCCCUGAUCGCCUGCCUGGCUCACUCGCCAGACUGGCUACCUCCACUUGCCAUCUAUCAAGUACGGGACCUCUUCCAAGACCUCCAAUGUGUAGCCAAAGUGUUGAUACAAUUGGAGCCAAUAGCAGCAGUGCAACUGAACCUCAAAGGUCAGAAGAGGAGAUGCUAACUAAUCCGUUGUCUCCUGCCCUUUCGGUCGGACAGACAGCUACAGGGCCUCUCUUCCCGCCUUCGUCCCUACUGCCUCCACCGCUGCCUCCAGCGCCACCUUCGCUAGCACAGUCAGAGGUAUCUGCAUUUUCAACUCCAGUGUCUGACUUCUUAGUUGUUGGGUCAGUCGGUACCGACCCCAUCAGAUCAUCAUUCUUGCCCUCUUGGAACCCCAAAGUUGGCUGUCUGGAAGCUACAGUACCCACCGCUUUCAGUCGCAUUGCUAACGAUACAGUCGUCAGCUUGAGUGAAGACCGCGUUUCGCUAGGCCCUGGUGUUGUUGAUGAUAGGCCCUGGUCUGUAUCUUCGAGCCUGCAGAGUGACGUUGUCUCUCUCGCUGAGGGUAUGCCUCGAUUCGAUUCUCGGCUUGCUCAUGACGAUUUUGUGAGUUUCUUUUAUGGAUAUGCGCUAGUUAACUGGCUGGUUGACAUUCCUCCAAUAAAGCUAUCAGCGGUUAGGUUUCAAAUCAAUAAUGUUAGAUUUUGCACUCGUUCUUUAUUUUUAUACUCCUUAACUUGUCUCAGAAUAUUAUAA